AUGUCUAGUCGGCUGACGCCCCGUUCUAACCGUGACUAUGGUUUUGUAGUUGCCGCCUCUGCUGGGGUAAUGUAUGAUUGGGUAGUGACUUUUGGACAAGAGGUUGAACUGGUCUGGAGGCAACGCUGGUCCCUUGUAACCGUUUUGUUUCUCAGUGUGCGCUAUCUUGGAAUAUCGUACGCUGUCACCAACAUACUGUGCUUUAUUCUAAUCAUCGUCGUGAAUUGGAUUGAUAUCGCCGCAAAUGCGAUACUGGGAGUGGUCAUGCUCGUUCGGUUAUAUGCCAUGUAUCGGCGAUCCAGAAAGGUACUGAUACCUCUCGUUGUCAUCUUGGUUGCUGGCAACAUAUUCGUCGGAGUGGCUAUCGCAAUAGCAAUAGCAAUGAGGGAUAUUCCAAGGGAGGAGGUCAUUAUCUCCGGCACUUAUCAGUGCGCGACUGAUUACAAGGGAGAUUAUUUGCUUCUGGAUUCCAUAACUUGGAUUCUCGGCACUGUAUGGGAGGUCCUCGCACUAUUUCUGGCAGUCUGGAUUGCCGUGAAACGCUUCCGUGAACUGCGACGACAUCCUGGAAGAGGAAUCAUCAACGAUUGCUUCACGGUGUUGAUGAAAACUCACCUGAUUUACUUUGCGAGCGUUGUUGGUGUUUCGUGCCUCGGUCUCGGUUCUUUGUUUUCGACAAUUUUAGCGGAUGAAUAUGCCCUGGGAUCCCAGAUUUAUGUGGGGCUUCUCAUGGUGUUCCGUUUUGUGCAAAUGUUCGUGCUAGGACCACGCCUGAUCCUCGGCGUUCGAGAAUAUCACGCCAAGCUCGUGGCCGACUCCGAUGCAGCAACGGCCAUGACUGCGAUUGCUUUCCAGGAGCGCAUGCAUUUGUCAUCCAGUAGCGAUGGUGUGUAG